GGCAAAGUUUCCAGCACACAUAACCUAAUAGUACCCAGAUUUUCGAGAUUUUUCGCAUAAUCUACAAUUGUCUUCUCCAGUUUCUAAUUUAUGUAAAUAAUAAGUACAGUAUACAAUUCUAACCGACUAUUGUUAUAAUGAAUCGACUUUCAACUGAAGUAUUGGAACAGGUCUUUAGAAAAUUUAAAGACGAUUUUCAUGCAUCAAAACAUGAAUUAUCUGCAGCACUUGUUAAUCGAAAAUGGUGUAGAAUAAUUGUUCCUAUAAUAUGGGAAGACCCUUUUGGAUCGACUGACUUCCCUGAUAAACUUGUCAAAAUCCUCUUAUCACUUUUAGAUGAAGAAUCGAGAUCAUUAUUGACUAAUAAAGAAAUUGAUUUAUCAAAAUCACCGCCUUUUCAGACGACGACUUUUGAUUAUGCAUGCUUUAUUAGAUCUCUUCAAUUGGAUAAGAUGUAUGAUGGAAUCCGAAAUUAUCUUAUUACUAAUAAUCAGUUUGAUGAAGAAGAACUAAUCGGGAAGUUCAAAAAAACUGGAUUUAUAUUUCAUGAGAUAAGCUCAUUAAUAUUAAGACGAAGUAGUCUUAUCGAAUAUAUACGAUCAGUAUAUCCAUACAGUAUUGAUUAUGCUGUUAUUGUAGAUGAUAUCAAUUUGAUUCCGUACAUGACUAAUGCGAACAAAUGUUUAAAAUAUUUACGCGUUGUCAUUACUUUUGGCGGAGAUUAUUCUAAGUUUUAUUCUGGAUUGUUUACUAUUUGUAAAAAUUUAAUUACUAUCAUAACUAGUGUUACAACAUUGGAAUCUGCCAAUUCACUUGCAACCAUAAUCCGAGCACAAAAUUCGCUGAAAAAUUUAUCUGUUUUAUUCAGUGAAAAAUACUUAGUUGGAUCAGUUUUAGAAUCUCUUUCCAGUCAAAAAGAUUCACUUAUUAAUCUUACAAUGAAUACUUGUAAUUUCGAUACUAUAAGUGAUGAUGCAUUGAAGUCACUUGUAACUUGCAAAAAAUUGGAAAGGCUUGUAUUGGAACGUUGCAUUGGAUUAGAAAAGGAAAGGUUUAAUUCUUUAUCAAGAUCAUUUCCUUUGUUAAAGGAGAUUAUAUUUUUUUAUAAACAUGAUUAUAAUUAUUUUCCAGAUGACUUUAUAAUUGGAUUGAUCCAAACAGCUAAUGUUAAUCUUCGAAACCUUGAUUUUGAUUUUUAUUCAUGUAGAGUAGUUAAUGCUAUUUUAAAUUAUAUUCCAGAAUUCGAUCAAUGUCGAUUAUAUGAUUAUGAAUUUAAAUCCCAUAAUGAUUUAAAAGAAUAUGAGAACAAUCAAGUUUUCUAUGAAACUAGCGAUGAUAGUAAUGAUAGUAAUGAAGAGGAAGAAAGUAGCGAAGCUGAGAAUGAUUAAGUUAGAUCAUAAAGAAGCAUCAAACGACAAUUAUAUUAGCAUGUUAAUUUUUUUUAGAUUGAAUAGAAUAGAAAUAUUUGUUUCUUCAAUAUAUACUUUUUAUUAUUAGUUCAAUUUAAGGAUGUAAUACUAAUACAUCACAAUUAAAUCAUUUGGAAAAGUCUACUAUAAAACUUAACUUGUAAAUUACCG